CGUCCCGCCCCGGGAGGGGCCGCGCCGGGCUCCGCGCCGAGACCGUGGGUGCAGCGCCGGGAGCUCUCAGCGCCGCGGGAGCCCGGCAGGUGGACAGAUCCUCAAUCUGCAUGGCUCAGUAGAGGAUGAAGCCCAACCCAGCAGGCUCCUCCCCAGAGGCCUGCAAAGCUGCAGGCCAGGGUGAGAAGAGCUGCCCUGUCUGCCAGGCCUGGGGAGGAGUCUCAGGCCUGGGAUCUGAGUUAGGGCCUAGGCCAAUGCCUGGUGCAGUUUCAGGACCUGGACCAGGGCCAACUACUGUUCUGGGGUUGGAGCUGGGGCCUGGUGCUGUGUCAGGACCUGGGUUGGGGCCUGGUGUGGUUCUAGAACCUGGACUGGGGCUUGGUGCAGUGUCCAGACCUGGGCCAGAGCCUGGUGUGGUUCUAGAACCUGGACCAGGGCCUGGUGCUGCUUCAGGACCUGGACCAGGGCCUGGUGCUGUGUCUGGACAUAGGCCAGGGCCUGGUGCUGCUUCAGAACCCGGACUGGUACAUGGUGCUAUGUCCGGACGUGUGCCAGGGUCUGGUGUUGUUCCAAGACCUGGACCAGGGCCUGGAGCUGGGUCCAGACCUAGGCCAGGGCCUGGUGCUGUCUCAGGACCUGGGCCAGGUCUGGGGCCUGGGUCAGGAGCUGGGUCAGUACCUGGGUCCACACCUAGGCCCGGAGUUGCACCAUUACCUGGGCCAGCAGUAGAGCCUGCGCCCAGACGGGGGUCUGGAACUGGGCCCAAACCCAGUGAGCCAGAGACAGCCCGGACACCAGCACCGCAGCAGAAGACUCAGACUGCACACAUGCAGGCCCCUCGGCAGAAGGUUCUGGUGACAGGAGGAGGAGGCUACCUGGGCUUUAGUCUGGGUUCCAGCCUGGCCAAGAGUGGCACUUCUGUCAUCCUGCUCGACCUCCGCAGGCCACAGUGGGAGCUGUCCCCAGGGACCGAGUUCAUCCAGGCGGACGUCCGAGAUGAGGAAGCCUUGUAUCGUGCCUUCGAAGGGGUGGACUGUGUCUUCCAUGUGGCAUCCUAUGGAAUGUCUGGUGCUGAGAAGCUGCAAAAAGAGCAGAUUGAGUCUAUAAAUGUUGGAGGCACCAAACUAGUGAUCAAUGUUUGUGUCCGUCGACGGGUUCCAAGGCUCAUCUACACCAGCACGGUCAAUGUCGCAUUCGGCGGGAAGCCCAUAGAACAGGGUGAUGAGGACACUGUGCCAUAUUUCCCACUGGAAAAGCACAUGGACCACUACUCACGAACCAAAGCCAUCGCUGACCAGUUGACCCUUAUGGCCAAUGGAACACCUCUCCCAGGAGGAGGGACUCUGCGGACGUGUGUGCUCCGGCCCCCAGGGAUCUAUGGCCCUGAAGAGCAGAGGCACCUGCCCCGCGUGGCGAGCCACAUCAAGAAGAGGCUACUCAUGUUCCGAUUUGGGGACCGCAGGACGCAAAUGAACUGGGUGCACGUACACAAUCUGGUGCAGGCACACGUGCUGGCCGCUGAGGCCCUCACCGCUGCCAAGGGCUACGUGGCCAGUGGCCAAGCAUACUACAUCAAUGAUGGGGAGAGUGUCAACCUCUUCGAGUGGAUGGCCCCACUGUUUGAGAAGCUAGGGUACAGCCAGCCUUGGAUCCAGGUGCCUACUUCCUGGGUUUACCUAACAGCUGCAGUGAUGGAGUACUUGCACCUGGCCCUGAGGCCCAUCUGUAGUGUUCCACCACUGCUCACCCGGAGCGAGGUGCGCAGCGUGGCGGUGACGCACACCUUCCAGAUCGCCAAGGCCCGCGCCCAGCUUGGCUACGCGCCAGACAAGUUCCGUUUCGCGGACGUCGUGGAACAAUACGUGCGGUCCACGAGCCAGCGGCCCUGCGGCUGCACGGCGCGGACACUCCUACGGCUGCUGCUCGGGCUGCUGCUGCUGCUCGGGCUGCUCGCCCUGGCCCUGCGCCUCCUGGGCCUGCAGCCGUCCGGCGUCUGACCUCCGCGCCGGCCACCGCCAGUUCCCGCCUCCGCGCCACCCCUGGGCUUGGACUCGCCCCAGC